AUGGAUCUGCCAUUAACGAUCUCGGCCAGGUAUACCUGCCAGUAUGACCAGGCCGGCCUUGCUGUCAUACUCCGCCACCCGCUCUCGCCCUCGACAAAGUGGAUCAAGUUGGGCAUAGAGUAUUUCGACGAGGAGCCACGACCAAGUGUCUCGUGUUGUGAUAACUGGGCUGACUGGUGCGUGGCAUCGCUCCCUGCCUCUACAGUGGCUGCCGUCACCGAGGGCAGCCAAAGCUUGACAUUUAGUCUAGAGAAGAAUGAGGGCGCCCUAUGGGUCUUCUUUCACGAUCCAAGUGGACGGAAGCUUCCUCUCAGGGAGAUUACGUGA